UACAUGUUUUGACUUUGGUAGUGACGAUCCUAGAUGACGUUUUUAAAAAUGGCCGCCUCAAGUGAUUUUUGACAUUUAACAGGAAGUAAUAAUAUUUACAUUGUGAUAAAAUUAUUAAAGCUCCACAUAAAGACGAUGCUUUUGAUGAUUUAAUUUUAAGAAACUUUCUAAACUAGAUAUAAAAAGAGUCAAGAUGCGUUCGAGAGAUGAUGAAAACGUAAUAUUUAGUAACAAUUCUAGUAAUAGUAAUCAAGUCGAUUGGUCGAGAUAUGGUUUGCGAGAAACAGAAAAUCGUAGUGAACAAUCACAAAACAGAAGUUACGAUGAAUUUGGCCCUGAAAUGUAUCAAACGGGAACAAAUGAACUUUUUGCUCAGGAAUAUAAUGCCGAUCCAUGGUGGAAGUCAAAUUUUUUUAUAUCCCAGCCAGUUUUAUUUGGUACUUGGGAUGGAGUUUUUACUUCCUGUUUAAUUAACAUUUUUGGAGUAAUUGUUUUCUUAAGAUCAGGAUGGAUAGUGGGAGAAGCAGGAGCUUUACAUGCAGUUUUAAUAAUUUUAGCAACAGUUUGUGUCGCAUUGGUGACAGUGCUGUCAGCAGUAGGAAUUUGUGAAAGAUGCCGAGUCGAAAGCGGUGGAGUUUAUUUUUUACUAUCUCAUGUUCUUGGGUCGAGAUUUGGUGGUUCUAUUGGAUUAUUAUACUGCUUUGGACAGGCGGUUGGUUGUGCUCUCAACGCUUUGGGUUUUGGAGAAACUAUGGCCGUAUUUUUCGGUCAUCAAAUACCCUGGGCAGAACAAAUAUGCGCUUGUGCUGCGGUACUUUUACUUUCGGUGAUAAAUGUCGCUGGAGUAAAAUGGGUCGUGAAACUUCAAUUUAUUCUUUUGCUUAUUCUUCUUUUGGCUGGUGCCGAUUUUAUGGUUGGCUCAUUCACUCACGAAAAUCCUGAGUCUGGAUUCGAAGGAUGGCUAUCGGGAAAUUUGAGAAAAAAUAUUUUCCCAUCCUACGACAAAGGAAACGGAUGGUUUACAAGUUUUGGUGUAUUUUUCCCAACUGUUACUGGCGUUUUGGCUGGAAUUAACAUGAGUGGCGAUUUACGACAACCAUCAACUAAUAUUCCGAAUGGAACAUUGGCAGCUCUAGGAACAGGAACGUUUCUUUACUUGAUUUUCUCACUCUUUCUUGCAACAACUUGCACGAGGGAAAUUUUGAAAAAUAAUUUCAUGAUAGCCUCGACAGUGUCAGCCUUUCCGGUCUUGCUCCUCGCGGGGCUUUACGUCUCUUCGUUUAGUAGCUGUUUGGGAGCAAUGUAUGGUACACCAAGAGUUCUUCAAUCAAUUGCUGGACAAAAUGUUAUACCUGGCAUCAGUUGCUUACAAAAAGGCAAAGGACCAAAUAAAGUACCAAUCUAUGCAAUGAUGGUGGUGGCUACUAUCACACUGGCUUUUAUUAUUAAAGGACAAAUUAAUACACUAGCUGUGAUAGUUACAAUGCCAUUUUUGUUGACCUACGCUUGCAUGGACUAUGCUUACUUUGCAUUAGCUCAAACAUUUGACUUACGACACUCGCGAGAACAAAGAUUCUCGUCUCAAACUCCAACUUUUGACAGAAAUUACGGCGCUGCCGAGAGAAAUGAAGGUGUAGAGACUGAAAAUGAUUUAGACGUUUUAUUCCCCGAAAGAAUUCGACAUAAAACUAUUGCUACAAAUCCAAAUUUCUCAGAUAAUGUAAAUGUCGAGUCGUCGCCAAGUUUAGAUGAAAAUAGCAGUGUAGCUGAUACGAUGGCGAGGAGAGUACAUAUUCACGGAAAAUUAGGAAACUGGUACAGUCCUUUUUGCAAUCGUUGGUUUUCCCUCCUCGGCGCGCUCGUGAAACUUUUGAUAAUGUUCUUGGUCAACUGGGUGUACGCAUUAGUGAAUAUUAUUGUUGUUUUCCUCGUUUGGAGUUAUAUAGGACACGCAAAUCCUGCUGUGAAACCUGGAGUUUCCGCUGAAUUUAAACUCUUUAAAUGGUUAAAAAAUUCAAUUCUCAAAUUAAUGGGGAGAAAAGUUUACGAUUACGAACAAAUAGUUGUAACGUCCGUUCAUCCUGGAGUUGAAACAUCUUCCGCACAAUUAAAUGAAGAGAAUGAAGAUUUCUCCGAGAGAAGAAGAUAUCAUCAAACUUCAACAGUCACUGGACAAUAUGUUUACAUUGAUUGAUAGUCUAAACCAAAAAAUUGAGCAUACUUAAAUUAGUAUUGCUGAUUCAAAUUUUAAUUAAUUUUACUUUCUCGUAAAGUAUUAUUUUCUAUUUAAUGAAAUUAUAAAUAAUGGCAUAGUUUUCGCACAAUUUAAAAAGAAUUUUAAUUAAUUCCAUGUUAAUAUUAAUUUGCUUAUUUUAAUAGAGGCUAUUUGAAUUAAAAAUUAUAUUUGAUUUAUUAGUGUUUUAGAUUUUUUUAUUCUACGAUGCUCUAGUACUUGAAAUUGGAAUGAUUUAUUCUUUUACAAGACAUUCCAGAAAGUUUUAUUUUUUAAAAAUGACUUUUAAUAUGAAAAUUAAUGUUAAAGACACUUUGUGAAUUUUAUAGCAGCUAUAUAAUUAUACUAUUUUAUUGAAAAUUUUAAAGCACAUUCUGCAAGAUUUACUUGGACUGAAAAUAUUCUUUGAUUGUCAAAGAUAAAAUUUGUGAGAUUAAAUUUUGUAAGAUUUUUAAUGAAAAAAAGCAAAGGAAUUCUUGCUAGACUGCUGACGAACAAAGAGUUCUUAAUUAUUAAACUCUUCACCUAUGUUCGUCACUUCAGAUACUCUGUACAUAAAUAAUUUAUAUAUUUAUAUAAAUAUAUUGUAGCUUUUUAGGUUUUUAUAAAUGUCCUAACCAAUUAUAAUUAAUUGUGAAA